AUGAGAGUUCCAAUGAAGUUAGCACGCUUAUUUUCUACAACUACAUUCAAACCUAAGUUAGAACUUCUGAGCCAUAAAAGCCUAAUAAAAAUCGAAGGUGAAGGGAUGUAUGAUUAUUGCCAGGGUUUGAUGACCAAUGAUAUUUUCAGACUAAAAUCAGAGAAAUCUUUGUUCACAAUGAUAUUGAAUUCAAAAGGCCGUGUUUUAUAUGAUUGUUUGGUUUAUAAAGUAGAUGAUCAUAUACUACUGGAAUGUGAAAAAGAGACUGCUAGUGACUUAAUCAAAUACUUAAGAAUGUAUCUACUACGAAGAAAAAUCAAUAUUAAUGUAUUAGAUGAUACCAGUGUUUGGGCGUUAUUCAGUUCUACACCUAUGGACAUGAAACUUAAUUCGGUUAGCGUUUUUAAUGACCCACGAUUGCCUAUUUUAGGUCAAAGAAUUAUAUCUGAUAAGACUUCAGGUAUUAGAAAUGAAAUAUUUUUGGACGAAAGUGAUAACAAAUUUACUUAUCAACAAUGGAGGUAUAAAAAUGGUGUUGCUGAAGGCAGCGAAUUACUUAAAGGCCAAUCUUUUCCAUUAGAAAUGAACUGUGAUUAUUUAAAUGGUAUAAGCUUUAAUAAAGGCUGCUAUGUUGGACAAGAACUGACAGCAAGGACUCAUCACACUGGAGUUACAAGGAAAAGAAUAAUGCCUUUAAUUUUUGAAGAUACACCCACUGGUUUGGAUUUGGAUGCUGAUAUUUACAAUGAAUCUGACUUGGGUGUUAAAAGACCACCUGGCAAGUUAAGAGGAUUGUGUGGAAAAAUUGGUAUUGCGCUAUUAAGAAUUGAUGAAUGUUUGAAAGCUGAACGGUUAAUUGUUGGUGGGUUCAGGGCUAAGACAUUUAUUCCCAAUUGGUGGAAAAUGUAA